AUGCUGGCCCGAUCGAGUCUGCGCUCCUCCCGCGCCUUUGCGGCCGCGAAGAGCCCAGCCGUCCGGACAGCGACGCGCAAUGCCUCUUCGCAAUCCUCCCAGUCCGCCGCGGCUUCGUGGAAAAACACCGCCCUCCUCUCCUCUACCACCCUGCUCGCUGCCGGCUCCGUGUCAUGGUAUUACUACCAGUUCGGCCGACCUACGCAGGCCAUGACGCUGGCGGAAGAAGGCCUCCAUCCGCCCAAAUUCCCAUGGGAGCACACCAAACUCACCCGCACCUUCGACCACCAGGCCCUCCGCCGCGGCUUCCACGUCUACCGAGAGGUGUGCGCCGCCUGCCACAGCAUCAGCCGUAUCCCCUACCGCAAGUUCGUCGGCUCCCUCAUGACCGUCGACGAAGCCAAGGCCAUGGCGGAAGAGCAAGAGUAUGACACGGACCCCAACGACGAAGGCGAGAUCGAGAAGCGACCGGGAAAACUGAGCGACUACAUGCUGCCUCCCUACCAGAACGACGAGGCCGCCCGAGCCGCGAACAACGGUGCCCUGCCGCCCGAUCUCAGCUUGAUCGUCAAGGCGAGACACGGCGGCUGCGACUACGUGUUUGCCCUGCUCACCGGCUACCCCGAGGAGCCACCGGCUGGUGCAGUGGUGCAGAGCGGACUCAACUUCAACCCUUACUUCCCUGGUACCGGCAUCGGCAUGCCGAAGCAAUUGUUCGACGGCCUGGUCGACUACGAAGACGGCACCCCCGCGACGGCAAGUCAAAUGGCGAAGGAUGUUGUGGAAUUCUUGAACUGGACCGCCGAGCCCGAAGCCGACGAGCGCAAGAAGAUGGGCUGGAAGGUCAUGGCCAUUACCACGGUUCUGUUUGGCUUGUCUGUUUGGGUGAAGAGGUACAAAUGGGCCACGAUCAAGACGCGCAAACUCUCGUACACGCCGCCACACGCGCCUGCGAAGCAGCCGGGAUCCUCUUUCCGUCGCUUCCAACAGCACGGAUACGAGCAGAAGCCAUAG